AUGUCUCGAGACAGUGACACCUACAGCACCAAAGCGGAUUCUACCGCGAAGGACAGUCUCGAUGCCAAGCUCGACACCAAGCACAUCGAGGUUGCAGCAUCCACUCCAGGGUCAGAUCCCAAUGGGCUUGCAACCAGUGUCGCCGACAUCCCAAUCACCUGGUUUGUGUGGCUCGUGGCAUUCACGGCUUCAAUUGCUGGUAUGCUCUUCGGCUACGACACUGGUAUCAUCUCCGGGGUACUUGUCGUUCUUCACGAUGACCUGAACGGUCGGCCUACUACCAGCUCCGAGCAAGAGAUGAUCACGUCACUCUGCUCAGGCGGAGCGUUCAUUGGCGCCAUCUUUGCAGGAAAUACUGCUGACCGCUGGGGCCGCAAAAUGGCCAUCUAUCUCGGCUGCGUUCUAUUCGUCGUAGGCUCAGUCCUACAAGCCGCUGCGUACACGAUUGCACAGAUGGCGGUGGGACGGGUAGUGGUUGGCCUGGGCGUGGGGUCCGCCGCGAUGGUAGUCCCACUCUACAUCGCAGAAAUCGCACCGGCGCGCGCCCGCGGUCGCCUUAUCGGACUCAACAACAUGUCCAUCACCGGUGGGCAAGUGAUCUCGUACGCCGUGGGUGCGGCCUUUAACAAUGUCAACCAUGGUUGGCGAUACAUGGUGGGCCUGGGUGCCGUGCCCGCCAUCAUCCUCGCUGUGCUCAUGCCGUUCUGCCCCGAAUCGCCCCGUCACCUGGUCUACCACGGACGAUUUGAGGAGUCGCGCGCGGUCCUCCGCCGCGUCUACGGCACCUCCGCUGCGGAAGCCCAGAUUGAUGCCCAAGUAGACUCCAUCCGCAUUGCCUGCGACGAAGCGCGCGAGCUCGCUGAGACCGGCAGCGGAUGGUCCAAGAUCGUGCAGCUGCACACGGUCCCGCGCAACCUGCGCGCGCUGAUCAGCGCCUGCGGACUGAUGGUGAUCUCGCAGAUGUCCGGCUUCAACGCACUCAUGUACUACUCGUCCACCCUCUUUGCACUGGUUGGCUUUGACAACUCCACCGCCGUUGGACUCGUCGUCGCCGGCACCAACUUCAUCAUGACGGGAGUGAAUAUGUUUGUUGUCGACACGAUGGGCCGCCGGCGACUCCUCCUCUCCACGGUCUGGGGCAUGUCAGUCGGUCUCGUGGCUGUAGCCGUCGCCUUCCACUUCAUUCCCCUUGACAUGGACACCAUGCAGCCCAUCGGCAGCGGGGUAGGCCCCGCAGCGAUCGUCGUGCUCGUCUUCAUCAUCUGGUUUGUCAUCUUCUACGGCGUCUCCGUGGGUAACACUGCGUGGAUGAGCACCGACUUCUUCGCCCUCGAGGUCCGUGCCAUGGGCACGAUGUGGAUGACCUGCUCCAACUGGGGUAGCAACGUGAUCGUCUCCAGCACCUUCCUCUCCAUGGCCAAGGCGAUGACCCCCUCCGGCGCCUUCGGUUUCUACGCGGCUAUCUGCGGAAUUGCCUACGUCUGGAUCUACUUCUUCUACCCCGAGGUCUCUGGGCUGGUGCUAGAGGAGGUCCAGGAGGUCUUCGAGCAUGGCUUCGGCGUCAAGUAUGCGAGGCAAUUGCGGAAGGAGCGGAAGGAUAUCAUUGAGGAGAGGUUGAAGAGUGCGGAUAGACCGGUUCCGAUGGGACAUUGA